UAUUACGCACACGGAAAUGCGGCACGCAGACUUGCGCAAACAGAAAGGAAGCCGGAAAGGAAACAGAGAAAGAGUCCAGUCCACACUCCCACUCCCCUUCCUCCCCUCCCAGUUCUUCUUCCUCGGAUCGUGAGAAAUCGCGCAAGAAAUUAAUUCGCGUUCGUAGAGGGAGCAUUUUGAUUGGGGUUCAAGGACGGAGACGAGGGUACAUGGUGUUGCUCAUGGAUCAAAGCGUGGACGAAAGAACGGGGAUGGAUCAGCAUUGGAGACACGCUAGCGCUUCUUCUGCCCGUUCGUUCCUCGUGCUCUCGCAGUAAGAGAGUCGGGACCCUCUGAAUUCCAGCGGACCUCGUCACGAAGCGACCCGGCGGCGGAAGCUCCUCCUCCCUCCUCCAGAUGGCCAAUCCUAACGAUAUGGAUUACGGCGUGGUCGGGAUGGAGACGGAGGGGGACGCGGAGGAGGAGAUGAUGGCGUGCGGCGGCGGCGGCGGGGGAGGGGAAAAGAAGCGGCGGCUGAGCGCGGAGCAGGUGCGCGCGCUGGAGCGGAGCUUCGAGGUGGAGAACAAGCUGGAGCCGGAGCGCAAGGCGCGGCUGGCGCGCGACCUCGGCCUGCAGCCACGCCAGGUCGCCGUCUGGUUCCAGAACCGCCGGGCGCGCUGGAAGACCAAGCAGCUGGAGCGCGACUACAACGCGCUGCGCCAUUCUUACGACGCCCUCCGCCUGGACCACGACGCGCUCCGCCGCGACAAGGACGCCCUCCUCGCCGAGAUCAAGGAGCUGAAGGGGAAGCUGGGGGACGAGGAUGCCGCGGCGAGCUUCACGUCGGUGAAGGAGGAACCGGCGGCGUCCGACGGUCCGCCGCCCGCGGGUAUGGGAUAUUCCGACAGCGACUCCAGCGCGGUGGUGAACGAUACGGACGCGACCGGCGCCACGCCGCCGGCGGAGUUGCCAGCACCGGAGGUGGGCACGCUUCUCGUCGCACCCUGCGCAGCGGCGGCGGGGCACGGCGAGGUGUUCUUUCACGGGAAUUUCCUCAAGGUGGAGGAGGACGAGACGGGGUUCCUCGACGACGACGAGCCGUGCGGGGGUUUCUUCGCCGACGAGCCGCCGCUGGCGUGGUGGACCGAUCCCACGGAGCACUGGAAGUGAGGCCGAGACAGAGAGAUAGGCUUUGGGAGCUUGUCGGGAGACGCCUUGUGCGGCAGGAAUAAUGAAUUCGCGAACAAAGCGAGGGCUUUUCUGCAAAUUUUGUAAAUCUUAAUUUCAGCUGGAGUAGUAGUUCUUUUCUGUCAAUUCUCCGCGCUUGCUUGCUAGGCCAGCAGUAGCAUUUGCUACUUUUUCCUCUCCGAUCCAAAA